AUGGCUGCGGGCCGGGGAGAGGCUCUGCCCGAGCGGGCCGGGGCUGGGGAGGGGGCUCUGCGCCGGCUUCGGGGCUCGGGCCGCGGGGAACCAGCGGAGCGCGGCCUGUCCGGCGCCCGCCGCCGCUUCCGCCCGCCGCGGCCUGACGCCAGCGGAAGGGGCGGCCCGGGGAGGCCGCGGCCGGGCGGGCGGGCGGGCGGGGGGCUGCGCCGGGGGUCCCUGCGCCGGGGCGGGACGGGGCGGCAUCGCAUCGCCGUGCGGGGUGACGCCGUCGCCCCAACCGCGGGCGGGCAGCGCACGCCGCGGCCUCAGCCCCGCAUCGCCCCCAUCGCCCACAUCGUCCCCCAUCGCCCCCCAUCGUCCCCAUCGCCCCCAUCGUCCCCAUCGCCUCCCAUCACCCCCAACCGCGCCCAUCGCGCCCCAUCGCCCCUCAUCGCCCCCCAUCGCCCCCAUCGCCCCCCAUCGCCCCCCGUCGCUCCCCAUCGCCCCCAUCGCCCCCAUCGUCCCCCAUCGCCCCCCGUCGCCCCCCAUCGCGCCCCAUCGCCCCCAUCGCCCCCCAUCGUCCCCCAUCGCCCCCCAUCGUCCCCCAUCGCCCCCCAUCGCGCCCAUCGCCCCCCAUCGCGCCCCAUCGCCCCGCAUCGCCGCCCAUCGCGCCCCAUCGCCCCUCAUCGCCCCCCGUCGCCCCCCGUCGCUCCCCAUCGCGCCCCAUCGCCCCCAUCGCCCCCCAUCGCCCCUCAUCGCCCCCAUCGCGCCCCGUCGCCCCCCGUCGCCCCCCAUCGCCCCCCAUCGCCCCCCAUCGCCUCCCAUCGCCCCCCAUCGCCCCCCAUCGCCCCUCUGCUGUAG